CUUAAGACGAGUACGAGGUUGCUCGUUGGCACUGGUGGUCUAACUGCGAACCAAACGAGAAAAGUCUUUGAAAUCUCAAUCGCAGCCUUUCCCCAAUAUUUCGCGAAAUCACACGCGCACACACACACACGCACACGCACACGCAAUUAAUCAAUCAAAGCGAGACGAAUCGAACCGAACUGAAAGCUACCACUAACGAUAACGAUAACGAUAACCCAAUCGAGUGAACGAUGAAAAUAGACCGGAGACUUGGGGCUCCGGUGGCAUUAAAUGGGCACCAAUGGAGCGUCGAAGAAAUGUGCCGUCGAGAUGCCGAUCGAUUUCUUUCCUCGAUUGAAAGGAAGGUUCAUCGACGGCGACAGAAACCUCCAAAAUCAAUAGAAAUAGUACAACGCGAACGACACCAAUCAUACCAAAACACAUACAAGCACGAUCGCACGAUAGCCUCAAGCACGCACCCAUAUGYGCAUGCAUGUGACUACAAGAGCAAUGAAGGCGUUCACGCUAAUGAUACGAAGACGAUCGGCGAGCGGAGUGUUUCUAAACGAGAUGCAGGAUAUAGACAGCAAAAAAAAUCASAGUUUUUGCGGCAACAGCAACAAAAACAACAACGGACAUUGCGCCAAAAUAGUGGUUCAAUAUCAGGACGAAMAAAGCGACCUAAUGUGAUUGAACGACGACUGAAACAUUCUGGCGGACUGGGUUCGUCAUUCAUACUCAGUGAUCUACAUAAUAUAGGAGACGAAGGCCCAACACAGAGAAAUAACAACAUAUCAAAAGAAGAACGAGAAGUAGAACAAACGAAAGAGCGAAAACUAGAACGAGGAGAAGAACGAGAUGCAAAUGACAAUGAAGCUACGAGGCUUCAAGUUCAAUCCACCACUUACAUCACCAAUGUAAGUACGAGUAAUGUUGUGCUCAACAGCKACAAAGCUUAUACCCAGCAUUYUUUGUGGAAAUUGCUGUGGGAACGACGAUGGGAAUGGGCCGAAGAGCGUCUACAUUUGUACCCAGAGGAAGCAAAGCACCCCGUUGACCUACAGCAAAUCAUCGGGAMCGAAAUUACCAAGAGCAAUACCGAUGAUAAAAACAACAUCGAAGAUUCGGUGUACCCGCUGCACCUUGCUUGUUGGCUCCGUCCCCUUCCUCCAACGUCGUUGGUUAGAAAACUUAUCGAUGUCUAUCCAAAGGCAUGUGUUCAUCCCCAUCCUUCCUCGGGGCUACUGCCUAUCCAUAUGGCGGUAGAUCUAAGCGAUCUGGGUCACAGUAGAUACGAGAACRCCAAAAGCAGUAAUUCUUGCCGCAAUAUUCACCGCCAUGGAGACAUUGUGUCCUUGCUCCUUGAUCAACACCCAGAAUCGAUUUUGAUGAAAGACAASCUCCAACAGAUGACCCCAAUGCAUGUUGCAGCAUCCACUGCGAGUGCCGAAAAUGGGGUUGUGACUCCCGUGGCAGCGCGUGUUUUUGAAGUUUUGGUGGCAGCAUCUGAACAUUUGGCCGACAAUUGCAAURGUCCUCUAGCUACCACCUGCCGAGACAAACAUGGUCUAACUCCUAGCGAUUGGGCCUGGCACAACGUGGACUAUUAUUGUUCCCGAUGCGGUAGGGAAAACAUGACGACGAGAGGGAGUGGUAGAAGAAAUGCUGGUGAUUACAUCGAAUCUGUCAAUAAUGAGGGGAAAAAUGAUGACGACUCUGGUGMGAAACUGUUUGUGCAUAAUGCUAGCAUUCGAUGCGAAUGCCACCAGGUUGUGUCGGUGGCGAGAAGUUGCGUACAUCCCUUGCUGCGAACGGAGAUUUACUCCCACUUAAACCUGGCGGAGACCAAGAAUACUCCCAAUGCCAAUGCCAAUGCAACCAAGAUUUCACUUUCGACUUCAACAUCAAAUGUGAGCGAGCAUGUGGUUGGUCCUGCGAUUCGAUACGAACCAAUUGAAGAUUUYAUGUCGCUCCCACCAAUCAAGGCGUGGCAGCAACAGAAGCAGGGUUCGAUAUCAAUUGCACAUGCACCGUCGAUACCCCAAAGCAUAUCACAUUUACCAAAAAGUCGAAUGGAUAUGAGUGGCAACGAUGGAAUGCCCACUACUGCUCCAUUUCUUUGGCAGCAGACYAUUAACGGUUUCUACUCCUCGAACUAUCAGUGGAAUGACAAAGACAAUUAUACUUUCGCGAAGGCCCACUACUACAUGACUGACGAUUCAUCACCCAAUAAAGAUCAAAAUCGCGGUGGGGAUGAUCUAUUAGCUGGCUUGGAAAAAGAUCAAUGCAAAGAUCGGGAGGAACAAGAGCAGAUCGAAGAAACCAGCACCCUAUCGCCCCGAAGUUUGGAGUUUAUCAUGGACCAGGUUGUCGAUGCCCGUACAAUCCGGUCGGAAUCCAAAAUCGAAACUACAGCAACGCUUCGUUUGAAAAUACACUUAUCGGAACUUAUCCAUCCUUCCCAACAAGGCCGGCGUAGAAGGAAUGGCGUCAACGACCGAUCCCUAUCUCGAAAGAACCGCAAGAUACCUGUUCCAUACUUUGAGUUGUUUGCCGCCCACCGUAGUGGGAUGUCCAAGACAUUCUACAAGUCGUAUCCGAUUCUAGGUGGAUCUACCGAAGGGACAUGGGAGGAUGCCUUUUUGGAUUUAGGACUGACCCAUGAGCAACUCCAAAACGGAACGCACGGUGCCGGUCACGUAGAGGUGGGCUUUCGGGUCAUGCAUUGUCCAAAAAAGGGGUCAGGAAGUCAACUGAUUGGAACCUGUCAGGUUUCCCUCGAAACCUUGGAACGGCAGCAACGGGACUUGUUGAUGGUGACGCGUUGUGGAUGUGACGAUGUGACUGCUACUCACUCAUUACAGGAACCGGAAAAGCUGCCAAUUUUGAAUGGGUUUGAGGUGACGGGGAGGCUACAAGUAUUGUCUUUGUCCAUCGAAUGAUUUACCCACAUUCUGAAGAUUUGCAUCGUUUUAUCCAAAACAUUGCUAUGCACACUUAUUGACUAUAAUAGGUAGGGAAAACCAUAGAAAUUGAUUAGUGGCACGAGAGCGCAACUAUUACACGCGUUAUGCGUGACCUUUAUUCUGGCACCUACAGCUAUUACUACCAUGCCACAAGCACCAAAUGCCUGAGGGACACUCCUCACGCUCGUUUGAAGUUCAACCAGCCACUUGAUUGGAUCUGGCAUUCGGGUGUUCGUAUGUACUCCCUCUAACAGGAGCCUCCACCUCUGCGCCUUUUGCACUCUAGCUGUUUUCUCCUUUCAUGUUGUCACUCUCACAUUCGCUAUCAACUGCUUCGUCAGUAAUGACCUAUUUCGGAGUUGUAUUCGACAUCAAUACAUAUUUGGAUUUCAA